AUAGAACACAUCCAGUUACAGUGAUCAGCAGAGCUGCUGUUGUUCUUCUAUAACAUAACCAAGCAAACUAACAGGCAGGAUCCAUCUGAUCACUACAAUGAAGCUAAUAUUCCUUCUAAAUCUCCUCUGGGUCCUCUGCAGCACAGCUCGAGCCUUGCAAUGUGUGACCUGCACAGAUAAGACAUGUGCCAGCACAGUUCCAUUAACAUGUGGUUCGGAGACUAUGUGUAUAACGGCUAGAAUCCUAGGAACUCAGUCUGGAGCAACAGCAACACAAAUCUACAAAGCCUGUGCAUCAUCUUCUCUGUGUCCGGCCACAGGCAGUUCAAGUUUUUCUGUCAACAUGGGUCUCCAAAGUGCAGUUGCAGAUGCUGUUUGCUGUAACACAGACAACUGCAACUCACAAACCCUGUCGAUUCCCCCUACUCGGACACCAAACUCCCUUCAGUGUAUUGUCUGUGACCCUACCACUUUUCAGUGCAACACUCCAAUAACGUGCAAGGGAGAGGAAAACAAUUGCUUCACAGCCUUUGUGACUGAUGGAACAAAGAGAUUUCCAGCAAUGGGCUGUGUAAGUCCAAAUGCAUGUGCAGCUGCUUCAAAUCUGGGUGGUUUGCCUUUCAUGCAUAAUUUUAGGAUAGUGCGUGGACCAGAAUGCUGUACAACAAGUUUGUGCAAUGUUCCAACGACAGCACCCCAAACCACACCUACAGCACAAUCCACCACAACUGCAGAAAUAGCAGGAGGACUGCAGUGCUUAACCUGUACUGAUGAGGCUUGUUUAAGCACUGUUUCAGUGACAUGUUGCUCAGAGAUUAUGUGCAUCACAGCCGUCAUGCUAGCAACUUCAUCUGGAGCAACAAAUCAACAAAUUUACAAAGGCUGUGCUUCAUCGUCUCUGUGUCCCAGGACAGGCAGUCACACCUAUUCCAUCAACUUGGGUUUCCAAAGUGCUAUUGCAUCUGCUGAAUGCUGCAACACCGACAACUGCAACUCACAAACUUUGUCCUGCGGGUCUAAUCACAGAAUUUUUUAAAAGAACGAUUCUAAUACUCCCUUCUUUUUAGUCGACUUUUUUGGGGGAGGGCAGGUGUUUUAUUCUUUGUUCUUAGUUCCACAUUCCAUAUUAAGGAGAACUGCUCUCCUGAGACUUACAGGUAUUUAGUUAUUUACACUAAAGCUUAACUAUAGGCAGUCUAUAAGUCAACUAUAGUACACAAAAAAGUAGUUACCUUAGCCUGUUUUGAGGAUACAAUGAUUUAUUUGCAGUAAUUCUGGAAAUGUCUCUCUUUUUGUUUGCAUCUCUCCAGGAAGAGGUUUGUGACAUGUGUCUUCAGUUUUGUACCAAAAAUGUUGACCUAGUUCAUCACAUUUUUUGUUUUUAGGCUGUUGGCUCUGUGCUUCCCCACAAACAGGCUGCUCCUGCAGUGUGUGAAGAGUUUUCACACAUUUACUUUUUGUCCAAACAUGAUCCUGUGUCAGACAUACUCUGUAUUUUUUCCCCAUAAUGUUAACUCAAUAUAAAAUAUGUGGAUUUUAUAAGUUCUUUACGAUGUUCAAAUAUGUUUAAUUAAACAUUUGGUUUAUCAUUUGAUUGAUGUAACUUUAGAGGGGUUUAAAGUCAUAUUAAAGGU